AUGACAAACAGUGAGGGAAGUCGUGCUUCACAAAGGAGGAUGGUUGAGGGUGAAUCGAGCAAUGCAAGAGAGACAAGGCUUAAGAUGCAAGCCGAUUUGGAGAAGAUGAAUCAAAGAAUGGAAGGGUCUGAUGCAGAGGAAGACCUUGGGAUCUUUGAGGAUGUGGAGUUGGUGCUCAAGAACAUGCAAUUGGGAAAGUUCUUCUCUCACCGCAUGGAGUCUUACAAGGAGUUGACUUGUGAGUUUUUGGCAUCGAUGAAGCAUCACGAGUUUGUGAGCUCGAUCGAGCUGAGUUGGACCAAGGGUGGGGGUACAUAA